UCUUGAAAUCGAGGCCGUUGUUCAGAACAACAUGGCCGACGGUCGCACACCGUCGAGUGAUACAAAGGCAAAGAACGGGACUUCUCUAUCAGCGAAAAAGAAAAAAAGUGCCUCAAAGGGCGAAUUUGAGGAUUCAAAUCAAUCUGCGAGCCCCAUGCCGACCCAGGAAUCAACAGAUACACAGGAAUGUGUCUUCAAAAAUCCUAAUUUUGAACACUCUGGAGCUAGAGGUGGAAGAAAAAGAACAUGGAGGACUCUAAAGCAAGUUAUAUCUAUGGAAAGAUCAAUGAAUUGGCCAGAAAAUAGUGUUACUUAUGGAAGCAUUGAUGCACCUCUAUCAUUUAAACCAGGAAAGAAAUACUCUGAUAUUUCUGGAUUUCAUGCAAAAUAUACUGAUCCACAAACAAAGUUGAGGUACUCCUCAUCAGAUGAGUUUAGGAUUGUGAGGCAAUUGCCGUACGAUAGAAUGCAAGGUUAUUUAGGACUGAGAAAUGCCUCAUAUGUUCCAUAAAUGUAAAUAAAUAAAUAAAAAGUAAAAAGGAACAGCAGGUCUUGCUUUUACACAAGUUUAAAGAUGCACAGAUGCUCUCUCGCUUUCUGCUAUCUAGUGUUCUUUAUUAAAAUGAAGCCAACUGAUUCAUAUUUUGCUCAGUCUAAAGAUCUAGAUUUGUUUGACGUUAGAUGAAUCUCAAAUUGAACAAUGUCAUACAAUAUAAACAAAGCUUGAGAAGAAUAAAUGACACUUAUAAAGCAGUUGUAUUUAUAUAAAUGGAAUAUUUACAAACAUUGAUGUUAAAACAUUUUUCUUA